UGAAUUUUUAAAAUAUCAAUUUCCGAUUAAAUCAUGACAACAUUUUUAUGUCGUUCGAAUGGACCUCUAAACUUUACAUAUAAGUUAUCAGUUGACAUGGACUUCCAGAAUUUUGCUUCAAUUUACACAAACUUCACGAAUUUGCAUGGACUUCUUGAAUUUCGUAUCAGUUUGCAUAGAAUUUAAGACUUGAGAAUUAGUUUACGUGGAGUUGCAGACUCUAGUACCAGCUGACAGCUAUGUAGUGCUAUGAAACUGAAAGACCAUCUAGGCAGCGCUAUGUAGUGAUAACAGGCGUCAAUUCACGGAGUACGUUCAAUAGACUUAGAUAUUGAGCCUAGCAGCUAGGCUAGCCGCUACGACCUCGGACGCAACCCAGGUUAGGACGUUCGCUUUGCAACCGGAAAACACAGGUUCGAACCUAGAUCUCGGCAUCAUGUCAAAAGUUUAACAUAGUAAGCUAUUGUAUAAGUUAUUGUUCCUUCGACAAAUAUUCAUCAUUGGAAAUGAGAGUCACGAGUAUUCCAGAUUUGACCUUAAAGACGGAGGUUUCGCGUCACACUCAGCAUAGGUCAAACAUUUCUUAUUAAAAAGCUGGUGACAUCUAUUUCUCCAAUGGGACGAAGAAUAACAAAUACUUGAUUUUCGGUUUGCAUGGAUUUCCAGUCUCUGCAGUUAUACUUGUGGAUUUAAACAUUGUGUUCUGUUCCCUCUUAGACCAGUUGUCUAAAGGCACGGUAUAGCGUUCAGUCAUGAUGUAAAGAAGCCACCUUACAGAUCAAGAAAGCCGAUGCUCAUUUACUAAAAGCCCAAUCCGUAGUACUUUUUCGUCGAGAUUUUUUCUCCUGACUAUUUAUGUAACCAUUCAAGUAGUCGAUGUGUUCUUGACCUGUUGCAGAAUUUGCUGAUAGUGAAAAUUCGUCUGAGGGACAUAUACUUAUCAAUUUCAAGUGUGAUUGCAGUAAAAGCUGUACUGAAUAUGAAGUUGUGAAACACUAGGCUUUUUUUCGAGUACUAAUACUUAUAGAUCUCUCUAAAACUUCCCCAAAUCAGUGAAGUGGUUCUAACAGAACACAGGUCUUUUAAUACUUCAACUUCAGAGAAGUGUUCACCGAAGGAUUGGCGCUUGAAAUAGGAUCUUAAUUGUCCUCGGAACAACCCGGAGACAUAAGGAUCUAUGACAUAUAGACGGACGAAGUGACCACUGUUAUAAGACCUAUUUUUGGUCAUUGACCAUUUGACAAACCAAGGCAAUGACACCCGAUUAUUGGAUUUUCUUUGUCUGUUGUCUACACGUAACAGGGGUUAACGAACCAUCAUAUCAUUGUCCCCCCAAAAAAGAAAUAGAACUAAAGAAGAGAUAAGAAAAACAAACGAGGGGUGACGAAUAUUAUGAUGAGAAUUUGAUACUUGAUAGGAGAAUAUAUUUGACAAGUUAUUCAUGACGUAAUUAAGUGAAUCACCCCCGCAAGAAUUUUGACAAAACCCGUUCACAAGCAAAGACAAACCUAUAACUCCUGACGACAAAACUUAGCUGUUGGCUUAUCACUAGAAGAUAAAAGUUCUGGGGUUUAGAAUGAGGAGGAUAUUGCUAGACUUUUAAAUAGUUUAGACAGCAAACAUUUUUUCUUGAAUGCACUAUUUUCCGGUGUGACACGCCAAGCGUGAAUGCGUGGUGGGUGUGGGAUGUUUACACUUUACCUCUCGCUUUUCGUCAUUUUAAGUGUUUUGUGAUCGAAGGGACUUUUGGGGACUCUUUUCUGGACAAUUUCACUUCAGGAACCGAUCUAUUAUCGGGAGGAGAGUUUGUAACCCGGGACAGACCAGGAUAUCUUGACUGUAAACCAUGUAGGUAUUUAGCGGGAACUCAGGUUGUUGGCUUGUAACUUUAUAGGUUUGUUUGAUGACAAAUCGGUAAAUUUCAUUCAGUCAGAAUGUAGAGAAUCUGAAUAUGUUAUAUAAUCAUUGUUACAUGUAUUUUUGAUUUUUAUUAUCUGCAAAUGUGUUAUUAUAUACUAUGUAAUAAUAACUUACAUAUAAGUAUAUCUGGUUCCUUGUGGUGGGUGAUCAGAAAUAUAUGCAUUUAUCAUGUACCAGCAGCUGUUAUUAUGAGAUUAAACUCAUUUGGAUAAAAAAGAUAAAGGAGGAAAAUUUAAUCAUAAAAACCUUCUAGGUAACUAUAGCUUUAAAAAUUUGCAAAUAUGAACACAUUUUGCAAGACGAUAGCGGAAUGCCCCUAUUCGUGUUCCUUGUGUGAGGGUAUAUAUACAUGUGUAGGUAAGUUUUAUGGGCAAGAAUAGCAAACUUUUAUCAGAGACACAUUUGAUGGAGCACCAUUUAAUAUUCGAACUACAUUAUCUUGAGUCGCAUAUCCUCUGCUUUUUGGUGAUUUACUACGUGAAUUUAGGGCACUGUAAAAAUCGUGACGCAUACAACAUACACACCACUAAACACACGGUAAAUAACUUGUGUUUAGGCAGUCAGGUGUAGAAUUAUUACAUCCACGAUGUAAGUAUAUGUAUAUAUAGAGAGAGAGAGAGAUAGUUACUUUAAUUUCAGAGACUUGCCUCUUAUUAUUACAGACAUACAUAUAUCAUAUGUAACGCCUUUCUGAACAUAUUAGUUUAAAUGGAUUUUCCUGUCCACGAGGAACAUGCGCUUAAUAGAUAUUGCGAAAUAGUCAUGCUUUCACAAUACACCAGAGUUCUUUAAUCAUUUCAUUUUCCUACCAGAGCAGCAUUAUAUAGGGCGUGUUUUCCAUGGUUGAAGGUAUUCUAGGAGCCGUCCCUUCUAUCUCCAAACUCCGGGGAAACAACAACGAUGACUGGAUCGACCGCCUUAAUCAUCGAUAUACCGUCCUCCUCCUCAUCAUUUUCGCAGUCGUCGUUAGCACGGGUCAAUUCGUGGGGGAACCAAUUCAAUGCUGGUGCCCUGCCGAGUUCACAGACGCCUACGAAGCCUACACUACAUAUAUCUGCUGGAUUUCUAAUACCUACUACAUUCCUAUGGAAGAAACCAUUCCGAUAGAUAUCAGACAGCGACAGGAAGCGGAAAUCACCUACUACCAAUGGGUGCCAAUUAUUCUACUUUUUCAGGCGCUUUUAUUCAAAAUACCCAACCUUUUCUGGCGAUUCACUCAUGGCGCUUCUGGUGUGAAUCUGGAUAAGAUUGUGGCUAUGUCGGAAGACACCCAAUUGGGGUCUCCUGAAGACAGAGCCGAGGCGAUCAAGAAUCUUGCUCAGUACGUCGAUAAGUGGUUAGGAGCUUACCAAGAAUACAAAAACAACAUCUUUAUCCGCGCCAAGAAAAAAGCACAGACGUUUUGCUUCUUUAUGUGCGACCGUCGAGGUGGGACUUACCUAGUGGGACUUUUCAUUACCAUUAAGAUUCUAUACAUGGCUAAUGUUAUCGGCCAAUUUUUCCUUCUUAACGCCUUCAUGGCCACAAAAUACAACAUGUACGGUUUUGAGGUAAUUCAGAGCUUGAUUGACAACGAGCCGAUGAUGGAGUCCCCAAGAUUUCCUCGAGUGACCCUUUGCGACUUCCAGAUCCGACAACUGCAAAACCUUCAGCGUUGGACCGUGCAGUGCGUGCUUCCGGUCAAUCUCUUCAACGAAAAGAUCUUUAUUUUCUUGUGGUUUUGGUUUUUCUUGAUUGCUUUUCUGACAGCUGUGAACCUGGUCAAGUGGAUUUUUUAUCAGUUCUACCAAAACAACAAGGUGCAAUAUGUCAAAAAGUACUUGAAAACAAACAAUGCAUUUAACUCUGGUUUCGACAAGAAGUUGUGUGUCAAAUUCUCAAGAGAAUACCUCAGAAAUGACGGUAUUUUCCUUAUGUAUGUGAUAUCUAAAAACUCAACAAAUCUGGUGGUAACAGAUUUGUUGCAAGAACUUUGGAAAAUCUUUAAGGAUAAGCACAAACCACAUUCCAAUAACAUCGACGACGAACCUUUACUGAACAGUGAAAAAGAACCUCUCGGUGGUAGCCAUCUAACCAACAGCAUGGCAUAGACCUGCCAAACCAGUAACAUCUACCAUUAGAGCGCGGGACCAAUAUCUCGUUACAAAUGUUCUCUUUCGAUUUCCGGAAGUGACGUGACCACGACCACUGGAUCGUUAACACCCAGUCUUGCUUAUCGAGAAGAUAAAGCGUUUUGCUUUAGAUCAUUGAUAGUGAGACUUGGACAUUAGGUGCUAUAUAUACUCCGGUUAAUGUCUCAUGUGCCACCUUGCGUAUCACGUGACAUUAAAUGAUGUGUACAUUAAAAACAUCUCACAACUAUUGAGUAUUACGUAACAAUUGCACAUCAUUGUCAUCUGUCGCAAAAACAACGGUUGUGUAUUUUGUAUUAUUGUACGUAUGUUUGUAAAAUAUUUCGUAGAAGACAUUGUAAUUAUCAUAAUUUGUAAAUCACUGCGAUCACGCAUGCAAUGACUCGACCUAAUUACAUGCUGUACUGGUGCUGUUGCAUCCAAUCAGUGUCCAUUAUCGUUGGUUGUGGUGUUUGACGGAUUAUUAGUUAGGAAUGUUGGUUUUGAAAGUAACAUGGAAUGUUAAAAUAAAAAGGUUUGCUGCUGAAACAGUGCUCUACAUAUCGCCAAAUUGACCGGUCUCUUCAGUUUACCAUGAUAUAUGUUGCCAAUUUCUUGGAGUGUAUCACCGAUUGUUUUUGAUUGUUUUAUCUAACCAACCAAAGUUGAGUGUACAUUUUGUGAAGUAACAAAGUGUAUAUAUUUAUCAUUGUAUAAAAUAUACUAAAAUGAGAA